UCCUACAUUUUUCUGAAUGUGUCUGGAAUGAAGACGGGAGUCAACCGCUGUAAUCUCUGUAAACCGCUAGGAAUGUUUCCUAAAGAAAUUGCGGUGUAUUCAUAUGCUGCGGUUCAGAGCUUGAUAGUGUUCUAUGGAGUGCGUGACAUGUUUCAGCAACAUUGUUGCUGGAUUAUUUUAACUCAUUGUGACUCAUAGGAUGAUGUCUAAUUUUUGAGCGCUGUAAACUACAUUUGUAUGGUUCUCUGUGAUCGCCUACCACUGGAUUACACUAGCCUAUAUGUAGACAGUAAUUAAGAAAUUAACCUAAGAAUCACGAAAUAAUGCUUUUCCCUCAAUUCAUCCCACAUUUUUCUGAAUGUGUCUGGAAUGAAGACGGGAGUCAACCGCAGUAAUCUCUGUAAACCGCUAGCAAUGUAUCCUAAAUAAAUUGCGUUGUAUUCGUAUGCUGCGGUUCAGAUCUUGGUUCUGUUUUUUUCACGAAUGCGUACGUUUGCAUCUAAAUUCAACUUUAUAUAACAUGUCCUAUCUUGGAUUAUUAAGUGGACUCUAAAAUAUUCACCGGUCACAGAGUUUGAUAUAUUUGGGGGAAGCACAGGGUGAAGAUCUGAAGGCUCAAAUUAGAAACUUCGGUUUAAGUCUCUGGGUGGGCUGCGGUCGCCAAGAAACGGUGAACAAACCCCGCGAUUGUAGGCUUCAGGAAACAUAUGUACAGGAAAUUGACAGCUUUUCUCCAACGUAUUUUUUUUAAGAAUGAACUUAUUUUCUGACUAUCUAGAAGAAGGGAUUGUUGAUUUCAAGGUGACGGCUUGCAAUUCGGCGUUGUAAAAGAGCCUACUGUAUUUUACUGGCGACAUGGAGGAAUGGCUUCAGUGCGGACGAUGGCUGAUCGACUGCAAAGUUUUACCCCCGAACCACCGGGUCGUGUGGCCGUCUGCGAUCGUGUUUGACCUGGCACAGUUGCUCAGAGACGGAGUGCUGUUGUGUCAGAUGCUGCACAACCUGUCACCAGGAUCCAUAGACCUGAAGGAAAUCAACUUCAGACCGCAGAUGUCACAGUUUCUGUGUCUAAAAAACAUACGGACAUUUCUGAAGGUCUGUCACGACAAACUGGGCCUACGGAACAGCGAGCUGUUUGAUCCUUUUGACCUGUUUGACGUGCGGGAUUUUGGGAAGGUCAUCUCUUCCCUGUCCAGACUCUCUCAUCACAAUAUUGCCCAGAUCAAAGGCAUCAGACCCUUCCCCUCGGAGGACACGGUAGUGGAUAAGGAUGAUGUGUACCAGCGCCUGAAGGAGCUUGCUGAAGAGCAUGAUGUCGGGGACGAUGACAUCUAUGACUGCGUGCCAUGUGAGGAAGAUGGCAUCUACGAGGACAUCAUCAGUGUGGAGGUUCGACAGCCCAUGAAGAUGGGCAUGACAGAGGACGAUAAGAGGAACUGCUGCCUGCUGGAGAUCCAGGAGACAGAGGCCAAGUACUACAAGACCCUGGAGGACAUCGAGAAAAGUUAUAUGAUUCCACUGAAGCAGGUCCUGAGUCCACAGGAUAUGGAAGCCGUUUUUGUUAAUCUUGAGGAGGUGAUCAAGGUGCACUUAGCUUUGCUGAAGGCCAUUGACAUGAACAUGAUGAGCGGGGGCAAUGGCCUGGGAAAAAUCUUCCUGGACUUCAAGGAGCACCUGCUGAUCUAUGGUCAAUACUGCAGUCACAUGGAAGGUGCCCAGAAGACCCUGUACACUCUCAUCAACUCACGGGAAGACCUCAGGAUGAAAGUGGAGGAAUGCACAAUGAGGGUGCAGGAGGGGAAGUUUAAGCUACAGGAUCUACUAGUCGUGCCCAUGCAGAGGGUUCUGAAGUACCAUCUCCUGCUGAAGGAGCUACUAAGUCACUCAGUUAAUAGGCCAGAACAACAGGAGCUGAAGGAGGCCUUGGAGGCCAUGCAGGACUUGGCUAUGUAUAUAAAUGAGGUGAAAAGAGACAACGAAACCUUGAAGAAAAUAAAUGAAUUUCAGGACUCAAUUGAAAACCUGCACAUGAAGCUGGAGGAAUAUGGAAGACCCAAGAUGGACGGAGAGCUGAAGGUGUGCUCUGUCAUCAACCGCACCAAGCAGGACAGGUACAUUUUCCUGUUUGAUAAGGUAGUGGUUGUCUGCAAGCGGAAAGGGUAUAACUAUGAGCUGAAGGAGAUCAUUGAGCUCCAGGCAUAUAAAAUGACAGAUGACCCCACGAGCAACAGAGACAUGAAGAAGUCGAGUGGAAAGAUGUGGUCCUAUGGUUUUUAUCUGAUCCAGCUGCAGGGGAAACAGGGGUUCCAGUUCUUCUGUAAGACAGAGGAUAUGAAGAGGAAGUGGAUGGAACAGUUUGAAAUGGCCAUGUCAAAUAUAAAGCCUGAUAGAGCCACCGCCAACCAUCAUAAUUUCCAGAUGCACACAUUUGAGAAGAACACCAGCUGCAAGACCUGUAAGAUGUUGCUGAGGGGCAUCUUCUAUCAGGGGUACUACUGCCCCAAGUGUGGGACCAGUGCCCAUAAGGAAUGCCUGGAGGCUGUGUCCAUCUGCAAAAUAAGUCCUCACCAUACAGAGUGUGGACUGACAACAUCAGGUCCAAAGAUGGUGGCAAUACAGAAUUAUCACGGCAGCCCCACUCCUCCAGGGACACCUGUGCUCACCUUCCACACUGGUGACAUCAUCGAGUUGCUGAAGGGGGACCCUGACACCUUGUGGUGGGAGGGGAAGCUCUUCCAGUCCCAGAAGACUGGCUUCUUCCCCAGCUCCUACGUCAAGCCCUGUUUGGAUCCAAAGCCAUCGCCCAGUCGUCAGUCAUCCAGAGAGAUGGAUUAUAAUGCAUAUCUGUGGUUUGCGGGGAACAUGGAAAGGCAGCAAGCUGAUAACCUGCUGAAGUCCCACAGCAGUGGGACCUACCUGAUCCGUGAGAGAACGGCAGAGGCAGAGAGAUUCGCCAUCAGCAUCAAGUUUAAUGAUGAGGUGAAGCACAUUAAAGUUGUAGAGAAAGACAACUGGAUCCACAUAACUGAGGCUAAGAAGUUUGAAAGCCUUUUGGAGCUGGUUGAGUACUACCAGGCACACUCUUUAAAAGAGAGCUUCAAGCUGUUGGACACAACGUUACAGUACCCCUACAAAUCCCAAGAGCAGUCAAACUCUCGCUCCAGUAUGCGGUCUCCAGCCUCCAGUGCCUCCUAUAGCUUCUCUUUCCACAGUCCACAGGGCUACUCCUCACAAGGCUCCACCCCUUUCUGGUCAGUGUUUUCCCCUCGGCCCAUUGGCACGGCGAUCGCCAGGUACAACUUUGCGGUGCGUGACCUGCGGGAGCUGUCCCUCAGAGAGGGUGACAUAGUCAAGAUCUACAGCAAAAUUGGUGGUGACCAGGGCUGGUGGAAAGGCGAAGCCAGUGGCAGGGUUGGCUGGUUCCCCUCAACAUAUGUGGAUGAAGAAGGAGUGCAGUGAUUGAAAUCGUACGCUCCUAUCCAAUCAGAAGAUGAUCCUUUCACUGCCCUUUGAGAGGACUGUUUGGUUUCUAUGAAAACUCUUGUGGACUAUUUUCUAUUGUUCUUAUUUCUUUGUUUCAGCAAAAAACCCAGUUUACUUUGGUGGUAUAUGAAUUAGCUUCCUUUCGUUUUCAUUUGUUGUAAAAGGUGUUUUAAAUGAGAAGUUCAUAACUGUGUAGUUCAACAGCUCCUGGGUUGAAUUGAUCUCAGGCCAGUCUUUACAAUAAUGAGAAGAGAUCUCAGAUCAGUUCUGGUAACGCUGAUCAGUUUUGGGGAUGAUCGGUUUUUUGCAAUGUUGACAAAAUGCAUUUACCUGUUCCUUUGCUUUUUCUCAGUUUUUAGAAAGGGUGGUACUGCAAUCUGCUACGCCACUUGCACUCAGUCAAGGUGCGCUGCAUCCUACAUACACAGUUCUCUAUUACGCACCAUGCUGUUACACUCACUUUACAGGUGACUCUUCUACAGUAAAGCCCUACAGUAAAGAUC